GCAGAGCAGUAGCAGCUGGACCAGCGAGGCUGCGUUUAUGAUUCUCUCCGCCGCGCUCGCGCUGUAGGAGCUCUGUUUAUUAUUUUCUUUUGUUUUGUUUAUUAUUGUUGUUGUUGUUUGUUAUUUAUUUAUUUUUAUUGGUCGGAAGCGUCUCUUCCGAUGUCCGUAAUGCGCGCGAGCGAAGAAAGGCAGUAACAGAUUCAGGGGGCACGCGUCCGUCUGUAAUACACGCACGCACGCACACACACACACAGACGCGCGCGCGCGCACACGCUCACAGCGCGAGAAGAAAGAUGGUGAUCAUGGCUCCUGCACACUACCCCUCUGAUCCUGCCGCCACCGCGAGCCUCUUUCUGUGGCUGCUAAUAACCGCCCAUCUGCCUUCCAGUUCCAUCCAGACAGAAAAUGAUGAUGACGACGUGACAAACAAAACCUGGGUGUUGACCUCGAAGGUCUAUGAGAGUGACGUCACACAUAUUCUGAACAGUCUACUAGAUGGCUACGACAACAAGCUGCGACCAGACAUAGGAGUCCAGCCGACUGUGAUCACAACAGACAUGUUUGUCAACAGCAUUGGGCCAGUAAAUGCCAUCAACAUGGAGUACACCAUCGACAUCUUCUUCGCUCAGACCUGGUACGACAGCCGCUUGAGAUUCAACAGCACUAUGAAGGUUCUGCGUCUGAACAGCAACAUGGUGGGGAAGAUCUGGAUCCCCGACACCUUCUUCCGCAACUCCAAGAAGGCUGACGCCCACUGGAUCACAACGCCCAAUCGCAUGCUCCGGAUUUGGAACGACGGGCGGAUUUUAUACACUCUGAGGUUGACCAUCGAUGCCGAGUGCCAGCUUAAACUGUAUAACUUUCCCAUGGAUGAGCAUUCCUGUCCCCUGGAGUUUUCAAGCUACGGCUACCCCAAGGAGGAGAUUGUUUACAGGUGGAAGCGCAGCUCCGUGGAGGUUGGUGACAUUCGCUCAUGGAGGCUCUACCAGUUCUCCUUUGUGGGUCUGAGGAACAGCACGGAGAUCGUUAGGACUGUGUCAGGUGACUAUGUGGUGCUGACAGUCUUUUUCGAGCUGAGCAGGCGAAUGGGUUACUUCACCAUCCAGACCUACAUCCCCUGCACCCUCAUCGUCGUGCUCUCCUGGGUCUCCUUCUGGAUCAACAAGGAUGCUGUCCCAGCUCGCACUUCCUUAGGAAUCACCACUGUGCUGACCAUGACCACACUGAGUACCAUCGCCAGGAAGUCCCUGCCAAAAGUGUCCUACGUGACGGCCAUGGACCUCUUUGUGUCCGUCUGCUUCAUUUUCGUCUUCGCCGCUCUGAUCGAGUACGGAACGCUGCACUACUUCGUGAGCAACCGCAAGCCCAGCAAAAACAAAGACAAGAAGAAGAAAAACCCUCUCCUCCGGCUCUUUUCCUCAAAGCAGGCCCCCACGGUGGACAUCCGCCCUCGCUCGGCCACGGCCAUCCAGAUGAACAACGCCACACACAUGCAGGAGCGCGACGAGGAGUACGGAUACGAGUGUUUGGACGGAAAGGACUGCACCAGCUUCUUCUGCUGCUUCGAGGACUGCCGUUCCGGGGCGUGGCGUCACGGGCGCCUGCACAUCCGCGUCGCAAAGAUAGACUCGUAUGCCCGCAUCUUCUUCCCCACAGCGUUCGGCCUGUUCAACCUCGUCUACUGGGUGUCCUAUCUCUAUCUCUAAAAUAAACCCCGCCCCCGUCCCGCCUGCACCGUGUCUGUUUUAGCUGGCCUUAUUUAUUUAUUUAUAUAUUUAUUUACUUAUUUAUUUAUCUAUCUAUUUAUUUAUUUGCGUUCCACACUCCUGCGACACUGUUCUGUUUUUUUUUUCAGAAGCGCACUAAAGCGUUUUGCUUUUUUUCCCUUGUUUCUUGUGAAUUGACUCGGUUUGUGUUGAUUUUUUUAUCUUGUGUGUGUAGGUUGUGUAUAAAGCAAAAGUUGUAGCAAACUAGGUCGAGGGGACAAAAGAACAAAACAACAAAAACAACACUGGAAACUAACAGCACAUCUGGGACUCGAUGAAAUCUUCUAUUUUUGGGGGGGUGGGGCUAAAAAUGAGCUGCAUGACUACAUUUCCCAGAAUCCCUUGAACAAGAAGCGGUGUGAAGAGCACUACACAGAGCAGAACGGCACUUUGGGCAACACCAUGAAGCCCGUUAUUCACAAACUAUUUUUUUGAAUUGUUCACAAACUUAUCCUGGUGUCCUGUCAUUUUAGAGGUACAUGAAGAAAAAAAAAAAAAAGAAAUCAGUUGUGAAAUUUUAAGUAUUUGAAGUUUUACGGUCUUUGUUAACCCUCAUGUGUUGUCACAGCUGGUAUAAAUCUAUGGUCAUCUGUACAGAGGUUGUAAAUACUUUAAUACUGUACAAUGUAGUGAUUUACAUCUAUUGCAUGCACCUUUUCAGGCCAAAAACAAACAAAUAUUUAGAGAUUUAAAGGUCUUCUGUUGAUGGUUAUGGAUAAAAUACAAAAAAAAAUCACAAAAAAAAAAAAAAUCACAGGUUAUAAAUAUGAUUUAUGGUUUUGAAAA